AUGCCGGAUCCCUGUGUAAUAUGUACUACCGCCAUCACGCGGUCAAACCCAGGUAUUACCUGUCGGGGCCCGUGCCGAAAACUGUUUCACCUGAAAUGUGCUAAACUCCCGAGUACUAUCGCCGACGUACCGCAGAAUGCAGGACUAACUUGGAAUUGCGAGAAGUGUUUGAAUUCAGGCAGCGAGUCGGUAUUAUCGAUAACGCAGUUUGAUCAGCUUCUGCAGAAAAUGAACAUGUUAUCUAAUGACCUGAGCCAGGUUAAAUCACAAAAUUGCGAAAUAGUUAAAUCACUUCAGUUCUUCAGUGACAAAAUUGAUGAUUUUUCCAAGAAAAUGGAGACUUUCGAUGAUACUGUGAAAACUGUGGAUGUUAUUCAAAAUGAUAUUCAGAAACUUAGAGCAGAAAAUGUCCAGCUUCGGACCGACAUUGAAUGGUUACAACAACAAGGAAGAUUAUUGAAUUCCGAAAUCCGGGGUUUUCCUGAACAGAAAAAUGAGAAUCUGAUUGAUAUUGUAAUAAGCAUUGCAAAGUCCAUAAACUGCAUUGUUAACAAAAACGACAUUCAGACCGCCCACCGGGUGUCUCCCUACAACCGUGAUAAUGACGUGAAAGACCCUAAAACUUGCCGAGGUAUUGUUGUGUCAUUUUCCAAUAUGAAGAUCAAAAACUCAUUUAUGAAUGCUGUUAGGCUAAAUAAUAAGAGUUCGAAUAUUAUUACUGCUGAUCAAAUUGAUACUACACUGGAAAACAGAAAGAUAUUCAUAAGUGACCAUCUCUCACCCGCGAAUAAAUUCUUACACAAGAAAACCAGAGAUUUUUGCAAGAAUAAUAAUUUCCAGUUUUGUUGGAUUAAAGAUUCGAAAAUCUUUGUCAGGAAAAAUACCACAAGUCGUAUUAUACAGGUGAUCAAUGAAUCUACGAUCGAUAAAUUAUUGAAUUAA